AUGUGCGGAUCUAAAGGGAAUCUGGAGGUUCUAAGUUUGGAGAUGUCGUCGAUAGACAUUGCGGUAGGUCAACGAUACGAUAGUAAAGACGAUUUGGAGAGACGACUGAAACUUCUUACAGUGAGGUAUAAAUUUGAUUUUGAUGUAGAAACAUCAACCCCGACAUCAUACGUUGUUAAGUGUUGGGUUGAUGGAUGUCUCUGGAGAUUUCGUGCUUCUACCCAAGGAGAAUCCAAGGCGUUUUAUGUUCGUAUCUACGAUUCGAAGCAUACAUGUUCCUGCACAGAGCGUUCUAAUCGAUCUCGACAAGCAACACCAGAUAUUUUAGGUAUGUUGUACAAGAACUUUCUCGGCGACGUUGGUCCGGCCGUUCGCCCUACGAGCGUCGGGAUAGCUAUCACUAAGCAGUUUGGUAUAAAGAUGGAUUAUCGGAAAUCACACCGGUCGGUGAAAUUUGCAAGGGAAAUCGAUGAGGGAACACCCGAGUGUGGGUUUGAAAGCUUGCCUUCUUACUUAUACAUGAUAAGAAGGGCAAAUCCGAGUACAGUUACCCGUCUUCAAAUCGAUGAGCUUGGAAGAUUCAUGUAUGUGUUUUUUGCCUUUGGUACGAGCGUUAAUGGGUUUCCUUUCAUGCGCAAAGUUGUUGUAGUCGACGGUACGUUUCUCAAUGGUAAAUACAAAGGGACGCUACUCACAGCACUAGCUCAGGACGGUAACUUCCAGAUUUUUCCAAUAGCCUUCGCAGUGGUUGACACAGAAAAUGAUGAUUUGUGGCAUUGGUUUUUUACGCAACUAAAACUUCUGAUUCCUGACGACGAGGGUCUUUCGAUAAUCUCAGACAUGCAUAACUCGAUAAGGAAAGCAAUUAGAAAUGUGUAUCCGUUGGCUGCUCGGGGAAUAUGCACCUACCAUUUAUAUAAGAACAUAUUGGGACGGUACAAAGGAAAAGAAGCAUUCCGUCUGGUGAAGAAAGCGGCGAGAUGUUUUAGGAUGUCUGACUUUACUGCGAUUUUCGAGGAGAUUGAAGCGAUUCAUCCUGCACUCCACGGCUACCUCCAAAGAGCUGAUGUCCGCCUGUGGACGCGUGUUCAUUUCCCGGGCGAGAGAUGGUUUGCUGAACGGAGAGAGGAUGCCAGAUCGCAGCCAACGACGCUUACGCGUGGUGUCGAGAAACUACUACAUGGUCAUGUAACUGCCGCCAGAGAAUUGACUGUCCAAAAGAUUGAUGAUCAUCACACUGAAGUUAAAUAUGGAUCUUCUAGCGAGUCUUUGAAUGUUGUUAAUUUGGUAGAGCGAAAGUGCACAUGUCGGCGUUUCGAACGCGAGAAAUUACCAUGUGUACACGCAAUCGCAGCUGCGGAGUACAACAAUGUUUGUCGUAUAUCCCUGUGCAGUCCUUACUAUAACACUGAAUAUUUGGUGAGAGAAUACGCUGAAUCUAUCAUGCCGGCUGACUCAGCGCUACCUGUUCCAGAAAUCGUGGCAAACCAACCGUGCUUGCCCCCGUAUAUUCGUCAACAACUAGGAAGACCUAAGAAAAAUAGGAUGAAAUCUGCUUUAGAAGUUGCACUUCAAAACAAACGUCCUAGGAAAGAACACACAAGUUCUCGAUGUAGACAUAGUGGCCAUAAUGCGAAAACUUGUCUGAUGUAA